AUGGAGGGAAUCUCCGGCGAGCUGAAGCUUGCGGAGUCGAAGAAGGAGAUCCUCUCUAAGGCGUACGAGCGGCUGCAGUCGGAGUUGUCCUCGUUCCUCUCGUUCACGCUCCUGUGGAAGGACCUGGAGGGGCACCUGGAUGGCAUGCGGGUGUCCCUCGAGCGCCGCGCCGAGGAGCUCCGGGAGGGCGAGAGGUCGCUCGCGGAGCGAGCCCGCGACGUCGCGUCGCGGGAGGAGGGGGUGCGGUCGGCGCUGCGGAGGGUCGAGGAGCGCGAGGAGGAGGUGCGGAGGAAGGAGAUGGGCCUGAGGUCGGCGGAGGAGCGGCUCGAGAAAUGUAGGGAGGAGCGUAGGAUGGAGGAGCGUGAACUGGUUGCGACGCGCAAGGCCCUUAGGGAGUGUAUCUCGCUGAAGAGGGACAAGAAGAAGGAGAUGAGCUCUCUGGAGCAGUUGGCUGAGAAAUGUCGCAGGGAUUAUGAUUCGAAGAAGGAGGUGGUGGAGGCGCUGCGACGGGAAUUGGACUCGAAGGAGAAGAAAGUCCGGGUGGUGCAGAGUUUGCUUGUUAAAAAUGCUCGGGAACUUGAUGUGAAAGUGGAGGAGUUGGGUUCGGUGAAGCGUUCUCUUGAUGAGUGCUCUAGGUCAGUUAAAUCGACAAGGGAGGAAUUGAGUACGGUGCAGAGUCUGCUCGACCAGAGUCUCAAGGCGCAUCACGAGAGUGAGAAGCGGCUGAGCAUUCUGGAUCGCACGAUUGAAGAGCGUGAUAAGGAGGUCUUGGCGAAAGCCAGAAAGUUGCAGUCUUUAAAUGACUGUCAAAGGAGCAAAAAGGCGAGCUCAAAUCCAAAAAAGAGGAGGCUGAGGAAAUCAACAGGUUGA